CCGUCCCGCGGCCGGCCAGCGUUUAGCCGACCGUCCGCAAGGCAACGCAUCCGAACGAACGAAACGCAACCAUACACGCACCAUUGACACGCGCCCGUGUUUACAAAACUAUUGUUCCUAUUACAUAAAAAUAUUUUUUUUUUGGUGAAGUGAUUCGAAUUUGGAUUAUUUUCUAUUUUUCGCCUGGGGCGAGACUGAUUGCUGCAUGCUGACUCAACUGUUACUGACGCGUCAUGGCUGAGAAUGGGUACGGGCCGGCGAUGGCCGGGCACAUGGGCAGAAUACCCAACUUCGGGAAAACUCAAGUCAAUCCUAUGGGGACUGCAGAACCACCAGCAUGCAUCCAAAACGCAAUGAUGACAAAGGAUAAAAAGCCCUUUACGUACACACCUGGCGGUCUCGACUUGUCUCAAAUAAAGACACCAAGCAUGGCGAGAAGAAUGGCACGACAGCGGUCAUUGGAAGAACAGGAGCAGGCUUAUGCCCAGCAAAAUACUGGCCCUAGGUACAACCCCCAAGGGGGCCCUGCUCCCCCACCGCCACCACCUCACAUGCCAGCCCCUCCUCCACCACCACCUCCGAUAGUCAUCCAGGUUCCUGAUUCAAAGUCCCCUAAACCUGUAGCUCCUGGUGAAAGACCUGAAAUUGUCAUUCCAGAAAACCCGAUUGGAAUGUUAAGGAAAACUAACAGCCCGUAUCACUGGGAAGCUGAAAAGGCAGAAUUGCAACGAAUGGGAAAUGUCCCUAAGUUUACAGAAAAGGUGCCGAGCCCACUGACUGUGAAGAUGCCGCCUACUUCAUUUACUCAGCAACAGCCUCAAACUUAUUCUCCCCAUAUGCAACAUAAUCAACGACAGAAUUAUCCAUAUGGUAAUCAGAAUAAUCAAAUUCCUGAAAGUCCAAUUCACAGACCUGCAGCGCAGUAUGGAAACCAAAUGUCAUCGCCUCCUUUGAAUGGAGCGACGCCUACUAGGGAAAUUUUACAGAGGCAGGAUUCUCAAUUUAAUAAGAGUCCUCAACCGUUUAGCGGGCAGUCUCCAGUCAGCAAUGGGUCAACUUAUUCGCCAACACCGAAUAAUAAUUGGAGGCAACCUGAAAGAAGAGAUUCUCCAGCAAAUAACACCAGUUAUAGUCCACAGUCACCCCAUGUGAACCGAAGUCCAUUCUCACCUAAUGUGCAACAGCAUUCGCCUAAUCAGUAUCAGCCCCCAUCUAAUAAUAAUGGACCAGUUUUCCACACUCUUCCUAGAGCUGGUCAAAGGAACCAAGAUAAUUAUUCUAAUAAUUUACAGGGCAAUAAUACUAUCUAUAAUAAUACUCGAGAAGAUAGCCCUAAAAUUGAUGCUUCGAAUUCUACACCGUGGAGGACAAACACACUUAACAGAAACUCUCGUGAACCCGAAAACUUGCAAGCAAUCUAUCACAACAGCAAGAACAUAAAUCAACAGCCUACAUAUUCGCCUCCCUGGAAAGCAAAUGAGGCAAAUAAUAACACCAAUAACAUUCCUUCUUGGAAGCAAGACAAUCGAUCUCCAGUUGAAACUCAACAGUAUAGUCCACCGUGGGUGCAAGAUACAAACAACAACAAGGUUCAAGACAGUUACAUCCCACCUUGGAAGUCACAGGAAAAUGACAACAGAACCACCACAGCUUUCCAGCCUAAACCAAACCAAACAGAACCGCGAUACCAGUCAAGCAUGUCAAUUCCUGUAACUCCGAAAAAACAGAACCAACAAUCGGAAUAUAACAACACUCAGCCUCAAAAGGAAGUUGUCUAUGUGAACCAAGAACCUGUAUAUUACUGUCCGGAAAGUCCCAAAUCGAUACCGCCGUGGGUGAAAACACAAAAGGAAAAAACGAAGACGCCACCACCCGAAUGGGUUCAAAGACCACUAGAACGGAGAAGUGCACCAAGGGAAUUAGUUACCCCUCCCAGGGAUACAAACCAAGAGCCGGAAUGGGUAAAGAAAAGCAACGAAAUGCAAAGAGGGAUGCGGGAGGUGAUCAGUCCGCCUAAGUACCAACAACCAGUUCAACCGUCUUGGUCCACGCGGCCCUCAGAGAAUCGUAAGAGUCUUCCGAGAGAUAACGCUCCAAAUCAACAAUCUCGAGUAGUUCCUAUUCAAAUGGAGGUGUCAAGUGCAGAGACAAGAGAUCAUGGUAGGCAAGGAAACCAACAACCACAUUUAAGGAUCGUGAUCGGUAUGCAACCAAAUAAUGAACAGAACAAUCAAGGGUCGUACUCUCAACCAACUCAGCGUAUCAUGAGGGUGUUGUCCCCUCAAUUGGUGAGGCUGGAUGAUGGUCCAACUCAGCCGGAAUUACCCUCGUUGAACAGAAGCUUCCAGAACCAGGAAAGUCAGCCGAGGACAAGGAUUAUUCCUAUCCAGAUUGAAGGGGGCAAUGGCGGAGCUAACAAAAGCUUCGGUGGGCGGUACUAGGAGCGGUCUAUGCGAGUCAAAAAGUGUUCUACCACAAAUUUACCCAAGAGGGACCACCACGGCAGUCGAAGGCUUUCAAGGUGUUGCAAAUCAUCACAGGAACACAGGAUUUGGAUGAUAUUCAGGCUAUAGAGAACAAUCAUGGCUAUACAGAUUUAUAGUAUAACAUCAUUUUAUUAAUUUCUAAGAUAAUUUUAAUUGUAUUUUAUGUAUUAACAAAAUUUAUUUUGCUACAAUGCUUACAAAGAUGCCAAUAAGUGCGUGAUAUGAGUUGUGUUAUUUUAAAAUCAAAUAAAAUGAAUAUAUGUAAUAAUAAAAAAGCAGGAUGUUAUUUUUUUUACUUAGAAAAGCCUAAAAGCUUUUUCAUUUUAAAGUAAUUUCCUUGAUCGUUACAUAUACCUGCAAUUUUUAAACAUAAAGUAUAUUUUUUAACAUUGUUAUAUUUGUUCAUCGAUAGAUAAAUCUAUCGCGUAAUUGGAGUCACAACUUCAAAUAGGCCGUUGUAUUCUUGCGAAAAAUUCACGGGUUUUUAAUUUUCAGUUUCUACUUAGUAUUAAAAUAAACCAAACGUUGCUGGUUUAUACAGUAAUUUAUGAUAGUUUCUCGAACGUGCCCUAAUAUGUACAAAUAUUAUUAAUAUAAAUCUAAAUAUCGAAUUAUAACAAUAACCAGAAUGGUGCUACUAAUAACACGGAAUCGGACUCUAUGUAUAUUUAAAAAAUAUAUGAUUACGUUGUUAUUAAAAAAAAUAUGUAAAUACCUAUGUGUAUCUAAAUAAAUUAAACAACAAAAAAAAAUGCUUUUAUUGCGAUUAGUAAUUUUACUAAUGCUCUCAAACACAGCUAGCUUACCAAAGAUUAUUUUUUAACUUAAGUAUUAUGAAAUUAUUUAAGGAAUGAAUUUAAAUUAAGAAAUUUAAUAUAUACGUUUAUCUCUAAAAAUUUAAACCUACUUAGGAAUACAAAAGGAUUCAUAAUUCUCAGGAAUAAAAAAAAUAACCAUAGGAUAAAAAUUUAUCAUAGUAAUAAUGUAGGUAGAACAAUUAUUAAUGUAAAAUGUUAUUAAAUUAUUGACGUUACCAAACUAGAAUAAGGAAUAUGUUAAUUAUAAAGAUAUCCCCGUCCUAUUAACAAAUUACUAAAGCUUCACUUAAUUAUAUACGUAUUUUUAUAUUUAUUUUAUAUUGCUUGUUUUGGUAAAUUUAAAAGGUUAAAAGUAUUUUGUCAAUUAAUUGUUGAUAUAUAAAACGAGUAGUUUCUUAGAUAAUGCAACUUCUUCCUUUAAUGCAAAAUGCUGGCCAAUUUUAAUGUAUGAUGUAAAUUAUUUUUUCUGCAGUGCUUAAAUAUAUAAGGUACCUACUGAAUAUUUAUCAUAUUAAAUACUAGUCCAACUUAUAAAAAAUUCAUGGUUUGAUCAUAAUCACUCGACUAACAAUUAAUUUCCCAAUAAUAAUUCAACUAUAAUUUUAACAAACUUCCCAACUCCUCAAAAAGUUGAUUUUACUUUGUUAUUAACAAAAUUAAUGGUGUUUUCGUAAUAUCAUAUAAACAGUAUUUUUUAUGUUAGAAUAUAUAUAAGACUUCAACUAGAAAGUGUAAAAUAAUAUCAUUUAAAGCAAAACUAAUAUCAUACUGUUAAAAAACCGUUUAAACAUGAAUAGACAUUGAGCAGUUUUUAAAAAACAUUUUUUGCUACUACUAUGUAUUACUAAACAUUUUUAUUUUAAAAAUACGUUGAGAUAUCGACUUAUUUAAUACUGUUUUAUGAUAAAACGAAGAUUUAAGCAGACAAGGGGUGUGGCAAUCUAGUCAGUGUGAUCUUUUAUUUAUAAGUAUAUAAGUAUUUUCUAUUUUAUAUAAGUACUUAUACUGUAAGUUAUAGUUUCUUAUUAUAGGUAUUGUAUAAUUAUUUUAUUAAUGAUUGAAAUAUUAAUUUUCUAAUAAAGGAAGGAAAACUA